UAAUCUCAAGAUACACAUGCGCACUCACACGGUAGAGAAACCGUUUGCAUGUGAGAGAUGUGACUAUAAGUGUACAACCUCCAGUCAUCUCAAGAAACACAUGCGUACUCACACGGGAGAGAAACCGUUUGCGUGUGAGAGAUGUGAAUAUAAGUGUUCUCUUAAGAGACACAUGCGCACUCACACGGGAGAGAAACCGUUUGCGUGUGAGAGAUGUGAACAUAAGUGUUCUACGUCCGGUAAGCUUAAGUCACACAUGCGCACUCACACGGGAGAGAAACCGUUUGCGUGUGAGUCACACAUGCGCACUCACACGGGAGAGAAACCGUUUGCAUGUGAGAGAUGUGAAUAUAGACACAUGCGCACUCACACAGGAGAGAAACCGUUUGCGUGUGAGAGAUGUGAAUAUAAGUGUUCUACGUCCGAUAAGCUUAAGUCACACAUGCGCACUCACACGGGAGAGAAACCGUUUGCGUGUGAGAGAUGUGAAUAUAAGUGUUCUACGUCCGGUAUGCUUAAGAUACACAUGCGCACUCACACGGGAGAGAAACCGUUUGCGUGCGACACAUGUGAAUACAGGUGUAGGAGCUCCGGUCAUCUCAAGAUACACAUGUGCACUCACACGGGAGAGAAACCGUUUGCAUGUGAGAUAUGUGAAUAUAAGUGUUAUGCGUCCGGUAUGCUUAAGAUACACAUGCGCACUCACACGGGAGAGAAACCGUUUUCAUGUGAGAGAUGUGAAUAUAAGUGUUCUAGGUGUAGGAAAUCCAAUGAUCUCAAGGUACACAUGCGCACUCAUACGGGAGAGAAACCGUUUACGUGCGAUAGUUGUGAAUACAGGUGUACGAGAUCCGGUGAUCUCAAGAUACACAUGUGCACUCACACGGGAGAGAAACCGUAUGCAUGUGAGAGAUGUGAAUACAAGUGUUAUACGUCCGGUAUGCUUAAGUCACACAUGCGCACUCACACGGGAGAGAGGCCGUAUGCGUGCGAUAUAUGUGAACACAGAUAUACUACCCUCGGUUAUCUCAAGGUACACAUGCGCACUCACACGGGAGAGAGGCCGUAUGCGUGCGAUAUAUGUGAACACAGAUAUAGGAUCCUCCAUACUCUCAAGGUACACAUGUACACUCACACGGGAGAGAAACCGUAUGCAUGCGAUACAUGUGAAUACAAGUGUACGACCUCCAGUGACCUCAGGAAACAUAUGCGCACUCACACAGGAUAAAAGCCGUACA